AUUCCAUAACAAAAGCCGACGUUAAAAGUUGUGUCAGCACGUUUUGACUUUUCUCAGAGGAUUAAAAUGAGUUUCUUGACGCAAACGCUAAUGUAGGUAGAAUGCUGGUAAACAUUCUAAAAAGAUGGACAAACCUAUGUGGAACUCAAUAAACUCCACAGCAUCACUUGACAUGGAGAGUGUCAACCGCUGCCUCAAUGAUCGGUCUGAAAACUCAGCAUUACUCACAGACAGUGGACAUGAUGCUAACAGUGAAGAUCCAAAUAUGGAGAUGUCAGAGUCCAUCCCUCUAUUUGAACGAACAAAAAAAAAAUGUAAAACUAACCCCAACUACACAGUAACUUGUACAGUCAACAUUGCACUAGCUGUCCUUAAAGACCAAGAAGAGAAUGUGGAGUAUUCAACUACGUCUGAGAAAGAGAAAAGUAAAAAAGAGCCAAAGAGAGAACCUUACAGUGAGGUAUUGGAGGCCCCCAGAGCAGAGAGCUAUUAUUGCAUUGAGUACAAUAUGCUUCCUGAUGACCCUGAGCCAACCAGAGUGGAUCUAGUGAUGUUUGGCUUAGCAGCUAAAGUCUACAUGCAGUAUGAGACUAAGGUGCUGAAGCCUUGGCGAGAAGGAAACAAGGUGUGGGUGAGCUGGUCUCAGACUUUGAAGCUCAACGUGACCAGAGAGCUCCUCAUUAAAAUGGCCUCCCAUAAGAUUAUGGUUAGAGUGUGGGACAGCAAUGACAAAGUGUCCUUCAAAGCCAAGAAUGACAGACCCAAAGCCUUCAGACUGCCACAGGAUCCAAAUCAAAUGGGUGCUACCCCUGAAUCUGAGACAGCGAUAUCUGGUAGUUACAUCCUCACAUCUGUCAUACAGUACAGUGACAGGGAAGAAAAUUAUACUGAUUUCACAGCACAAAACACAAGUGGCAUUAUGAAGAUGGUUUGUAAGCUGAGAGCCACCUUUGAGAGAGACACUCUGAGAACUAAAACAGCUAAAAAACACCAGAGAGAUCCAGAACCAACUGAUGAUACGAAGCUCUCUGAGCUAAGCUGUGCCACAGGUAGAAAUAUAAUGUCAUGGCUCUUGAGUUGCACCUCAAUGGUCACCGUGUAUGUUUGUCUAAACUCAGUCACUAUUAAGGGUGGCUUUGCAAAAGAAAAGAAGGCACUUUAUCAGAAACCCAUCCAGGACAAUGCAGUAAUCUUGGACGUCUCACCAAAAAAGGAGGUUGCUUCAUUGGAACUUUCUUUCACUUCUCUACUUGCAGGGAGCACGACACUCACUGACUGCCUGGGAUUUUGCUCUGGUGGAGUAAAUGAAGGAUUCUGGAAUGUCACUCUGGACCAGCCACUUUUAUCUGAGCAGCUAAAGGCUGAGCUCAACCCACUGGUCAUCACUAUUUUAUCUGCUUCAUCUCUGCCAUCCUCUCCUGUCCCUUUUCAUAUACUUAAGGCAACGUGUCUUCCUGUCUACUGCCAGUACAAAUUCCACAACAUGCCUGUUUACAGAACUAAAGGCCAUGAUCACAACGCAAAUAUCUACUUCAAGGAUGUGAAUGUAAUUUUUACUGGUCUACUAAGCCCUGGAAAGCUGCGUGAGUUUCUCACAGGCCCACCUUUGGAGAUCGAAGUCCACGAUCGAGACAGGAAAAUUGAAAAACCCUCAAAAAUUCCAGCCAUAUUCGGCACUGAACCUAAUGAUGACAAACUAGGAGUUGUGGAUCUAGGUAUCACCAAACGGACAGCUACACUCCAAAACCCAUAUGGCAUAGCAAAGCUGGAUCUGUUAGAGCUCCUUCAAGGACAUACAUAUUUGAAUCAGAGAUUACCAAUUAGGAAUUCAAAUAUUCAGCAAAGUGAACUGGAGAGAACAAUGCUUCAGACUAGCUCCUUUGAGAUUCCAUCAGAUACCUCAAUGUCCAUGGGCCGUUAUCUUGAGGCUGACUCCCAACUAAAAGUUCAAGUGGAGAUAGCACAUCCCCUACAUUCCGGGAGUGGAAACCGUGAAGGAGAUUGCCCAUUUUGUCGCAUCAUUUAUGUUUUCAAGUAUAAUAAUACUCCUGUCUUAGCUAAACUGACAUCUGAAAUUCUGCAAAUCAAUGCAGAAGCCUUCCAACUGGAUUGUUAUCCAUAUGAAACAAUUCAAAGAGUCCUGUCUGGUCAUAAAAUGAGUGCCAAAGAAAGAGAGAAAAAAAACCUGAAUGUUCUAACUGGAUUUCAUCUGAUGGACAAGGCUCUACAUCUUUUUGUUCUGGAAGGAUUGAAGGAUCAAGCUGUCAAAAGACUAUGGACCUCAAUGAAGAUUAAGUUGAAUGGAGAUGAGGAAGAAAAGGUGACUAUUUUAUAUAACUCAAGCUUGAGUUUCUCAGAACGAUUGUAUGACACGCUUGAUGUAGGUCUGAGUCCGAUUUGCCUUCUGAAGCCAUUGGAGUACAUCAUUAAGGAACCUCUGGUGUUUAUCAGAAAUGUAGUCCAUCACGACUGCCUCGAAGCCAUGAAACGUAUAAGCCAGCUAUGCCAAGUCAAGAGGCUUAUUGACGCAGUACACCGCAACCUGUUCCCAUCAACCGACAUGAUUCUUAGUUUGACCAAAGGAUUUGGAUUCGAUCUUGGGAGAGGAGAGCUAAGGUUGGUGAAGGAAACAGAGGAAGCUCAGGACAUAGCCAAUAAUAACCAUGUCACAAAGGCAACAAACAAACCUCUUGAUAGCUUCAACAGAGAGUAUUUCCAAAGGAAACAGCAUCAGUGUAACAAUAUGAAAGACUUCAUUCAGGCAAAUAUUGAAGGUAUCCACAGGGCAAGUAGUGCCUUACAAAAAUCUGCACCAAAUAUGCUUGUGGGCAAUGUUGCUGAUGGACAGGCUGGUAAUUCCUACAACAUUCAAAUGAUGAAGUCCAAAUCUCAGGGUAAAGAACUACUUUACAGAGAACUGGCAAAGGACUCCAUUUGCAUUCACUUCACUUAUCCUGGUUUCAAGAGCAGUUUUGAAUCUAACCAGCACUCAAAUCAACCAGACGAUGCACGUAUAGAGGAGCUGAGAAAGCCUUGGAGAGAAAAUAUUCUUCAUGGGAACAAACUUAGGCCAAUCCUGUCUAGAUCCAGAUUGCCAUGGAAUCAGAGAAAUCAGGAUUUUGACCUUUACUCCAAGCCACCAUUACUGUUUGGACCAGACCUGCCCCAAUGCAUCCAUUUGGCUGGAGAGACUCAGUUUCAGUCUGAACCUGUUCAGUACAACAGGCAGCUAAAGAAGAAGAUGCCUUAUGAGACUUCUCAAGAAAGUGGAAGAGUUCCCGGGUUUAAAUGUCACAUGAAGAGAGCGGGCCUGGAUAAACUACAAGACAUACUGAAGGACAAGCCCAUGAAAUAUUCUUUAAAGAGACCAGGGAUGACUUUAAAGCCCAUUCCAGCUAUUUCUGUGGUCCAGCAAACUGAGUCGACUGGCUCAGCGAAGAGAGAAGCCAAUAUUCCUUUCGCUCCUGGACCCUUCCAGAACCACAGCUUGAGCUGGGACAAAAAUGCUAUCCCAAGACACUCAUCCCAAUACAACAAGUUCCCCCUCAGACAUGACUGGAGGCCACAUUCAUUUUAGCAAAAUCGAUGUGCUGUGCCACUUACGGAUGAAGAGAAAAUUCCACAGACACCUACAGUACAUUAACUGCAACCAGCAAAGACAUUACCUCACAUAUGCAUGAAAUGUUUUGCUCCAAAACCACUCUAAUACUGUCAUUUAAUGUCAUUGAACUAAACUUAAAAAGCACUUAGGUGGCAUUUUAUGAAGGCUUGUCAUAGAAACAGAGAAAAAUCUGAAAAAUCUACAGACCAAUGUUGGACAUUGAGGAUCAAAUUAAAUGCAUAUUGUGAGAAAUCAUUUCAAUUUUUACUUUAAACAUAUUUAAUGAGGCAAAAAUUAAAUACACACAAUUAACAUUUAGCUAACAUCUCAACAGAAGUAAGAAUGGGUUCAACUGAGAUAUGCUUAAGUGGAUAAGUGCUGUGGGGUGUGGGAAGACCCAAGCUACCAAAGACUGUUUGCUAUUAACAACCAAGGACCAUGCCUUGUCGCCCACUCAGAAUGCAGGAGACAGCCUGAACACUCCAGUAAGUUCUGUCCAAAGGAUGUGAACAGAUAUACGCCCUUUUUGCCAAGACCUCCUGGGCAAUCUUCUUUCUUUUGGCAUCGUUAUUCUCCAGGAAAUCUGAAAAUAACAUGCACCCCAAUUCAUUCACAAAAUGACAUUUGCAUGCAUGCUCUUAUCUAAUGCAUUGCUCAGCCUUGAGUUAUUAGGUGAAGGGUAAUUGGAACAGUGUGAAGAGUGCAUGCAAGUGUUAGUGACUGAUUAUGGUUUGUAUGGUUGUGAGGGAAAUUCUUCAACAUGUGCAAGUGCUUUGUCUUGCAAUGCAAUAAAAUGAGGAGGGCUGGUAUCAAUUAUAGCCAUGCAUUAUACUCACUUUUUUGAAGCCGAGUCAUCAAGAAGUUGUUCUUGAAACAAGCAUCCUUGCAGAAAGUGUUGGUGAGCAGCACCUGAAACCCAGUAUGCUUUCAAAUGAGUUUUAACAAGGCUGUUUACAUUAACGAUUAAGCAUAGCACGCAAACAAAAAGAAAGUGCAAGCACAGGUCCAUGAUAAUAAUGCUUCGGCAAAAUUAUUUAUAUAACACUGACUUCAGAGGAUCAGUUUAACAAAACAGAUAUUGACAGAAAUGGCAUGAAAUUAUGAAAUGUGCAUUAAAAGCAUAUAUAAUCUAAUAACUUCUUUAUGAGUUGAAAAAAGCUAAAAUGCAACCAGCGGUUAAAUUCGUAUGAAUUUCUUUCUUCAGCAGAACACAAAUGAAAAUAUUUGAAGGAUGUACAGUAUAAUGUGUUUUUGUCCAUACUAGGGUCUAAAAAUUUUAAGCUCCAAAAACAACAUAAAGUCAGCAUUAAAGUACUGUAAUAAAUACU